AUGUCAGAAAGGAAAGCGAUUAAUAAAUACUAUCCCCCUGACUAUGAUCCCUCCAAGAUCAAACCAAAGAAGAAAUCAAAAACAAAUGGAGGUCAUGAAAUCAUAAAGAUCAGAAUGAUGGCACCUUAUUCGAUGCGAUGUUUGAAAUGUAAUGAAUAUAUUGCUGAACGUCGUUCAUUCAAUGCUAGGAAAGAGACUACUGAUGAGAAGUAUCUCAAUACUAAGAUCAUACGAUUCCAUAUCACUUGUCCUCGAUGUAAUAAUCAUAUUAGUUUUAAGACAAAUCCUCAAAUUGCAGGGUAUACACCUGAAGAAGGUGCCGUUAGGAAUUAUGAAUCUAAAAAGGUGAAACUGAAUGAAACUGAAGAUGAACUCUUGACAAGGUUGGAGAAGGAAGAUAUUGAAGAUGAAAAGUUUAAAUUAUUACAAGAAAAGAGGAAAAAGAAUCCCUUUUAUAAUCCUAAUGAUGAUAGUAAUGGAGAUACGAUGGAGAAUUUUGAAAAGAGAUUGAUUGAACAAAAGAAACAACAAGAGAUUGAUCAACAUUUGGAAGAAUUACAAUUUAAAAAUGAUCAAUUACAAGCUUUAGGAGGUGAAAGUGAGUUAUUAUCAGAAGCUAGUGAGAAUUUAUCGAAUCGGAUUAAUCAAUUUAAACAAAUUCAACACCAAUUGAAUGAAGAAGAAGAUGAAAAGUUGAUUCAACAAGCGUUUAAUAAAAGUAAUGAUCUAAAGAGGAAAAUUGAACAUGAUCAAUCUCUGGAAGUGACUCCAAUAGAGUCAGUACCACUAUCAAAUCCACCUGUGAAGAAAAUAUUGGUGGCUUCGAAAAUAACCCUUAAGAAGAAAGUUAAACCAACAGAAGAACCUAAACCUAUUGACAAUUUAGCUUCAGCCAUCGGAGGCUAUUCAUCAUCUGAUGAUGAUGAAGAUUAA